AUGAGCUCUGAAGGUGUAGAUAAGGUUAAAGAAAGUGUAAAGGUCUACUAUGGCAAAACCCUCAAGUCUUCCGAUGAUCUUCAGUCGAAUGCCUGUAAACUAGGUGGAAAACAAAUGUCAGACGCCGUGGAGAACGCUUUGAAACUUGUCCAUGAGGAGGUAUCGAGCAAGUAAGAGAAUCACAGAGUUGUGUAACUUUGUAGGUUAGUCUACUUUGAGGAAUAAGAACUCUAAUGGUGGUGUAGGAUAAAUACAAUACUCAGCUUUCCGACGACAUUGCUUUUUGGAAUGUAGUCGAGCAUCAGUUAAAGUUAUGAUGAAAUUCGAAUGUCAACUGUAAUAUUCUGUAGGAAGCUUUUUGUUAUGUGUGAAUUCCGAAUGGAUUUCUGAAAAAUAGACUGACGUAUUUCUUAUAUAGAACGUCAUACUACCAACCACUACUCUCACAUCGCUCGAUUUAUUUGCAGCGACUAGCUUCUUUCUUUAAGUUACCAAAACGCCCUUCGGAUUAUGACCGCGGCAGUGUUUUGCCAAGAGAGAGAUUAUCAGCCUGGGUUCCGGCUGAAAUUAAUCAAAUACCUGAUUAAUUUAAGAGCAUUUACAGCCUUAGUGGAAAACCACAUUAAAGUUCACGUUGACCUUUCUUCACGGAAUGUGCGUUUACUUGCUACAAUUGCGUUAGUUCGUCGCUGAUGUUAAUCAGGCAGAUGGUUUCCAUAGAUCCUGGGAUUAGACAGUAGAGCAUGUAGAGUUUUCCAGGUAGCCAUCUACAGCCAGAGUUUUCUUGAUACCUAUCUACAAACCACAGUUUCUCCAUUCGCUCUUUCGAAGGGCUAAGCUCAAAACGUCAGCUUUGACAGUAUUUACUUUACGGUGGACAAUUUGCAUUAUCAACGCAGUUGAUAGAACCGGAUUAUCUUGUUAUAUUCCCCCACUAACGCAACACCACAGUUUCCUUAGAAACUUUCUCUCUAUAUUUAUUUAUUUAUCUACGAUAAAGCCUGAAAUUGUGGAAAGUGGUAGCGAUACAGUUUACUCUUAUUUGCGUCGCCGCUGAGUUAUCCAAGCGAAUCUUUUAAUUGCAAUAUGAUAAUCGGUACCGGCUUUGAUUGACGCAAGAUUUUGGGAAAAUGUGGGGUACCUUGCGAGAGUAUUGAGUCAGUAGGGUGAGAUAAGGCGAGAAGGAGAUUUAAAAAUAAAUCAUAUUGGAUAUCAAAGUGAAUACGGAUCCCGCUAGGACACUUUCCACUGAGUUUCACUCGACCCCAUUGUCUUUGUGAAUUAUCAUACUUAAAAGCUUGUGAUGAUAAACGAACAAGCUCAAGGGGUCAAAUCAGUAACAAGUUUGAAGAUAACAGAUUUUUAAGAGGAAGUUUCUUUCGUCGAUAGGCGAAAAGAUAAAGUAGUUGAUUGUAUGACGAAAAAUUUACAGCGAAAGUGAAUUUAACAAAAGUGACGUUUCAAGAUUUGAGUGUUAAGACUGCUUGGGUUGUGUUUCGCUAAAUCUUUUAACACUAUACACUAACAUAAAGCAGAUGCCUGCGAUUUACAAGAAGCUAACUCUGUUUACCUAAACAAACUGCUAAAUGCUAGCAAAUAAAGCACUGAAGAUCUUUAAACUUGAAAUUAAGAGAUCCUCGCAGCUAAGAACAUUACUGAAACGAGUAAUUGUAAAUAGGACCUGAAAAAAAUUCAGGCUCGUACGGGAUUUGAAUUUUUUUCAGGUCCUAUUUACAACUACUCGUUUCAGUAGUGUUCUUAGCUGCUAGGAUCUCUUAAUUUCAUUUCUCCACCGUAGUGCAAAUAUAUGAAUUUUCAUAUAUCUAAAAUCAUCAUCUUUAAACUUGUUUAAUAUCAGGUUUUAUGGGUGCGGUUUAGUGGCCCCAGAGGCAAUUGACGGCUUGUAUAUCCUGGAUCUUGGAAGUGGAUCGGGACAAGAUUGUUUUGUACUCAGUAAACUGGUUGGUGAACACGGCCAUGUUACUGGAGUAGACAUGACCAAAGAACAGGUAUUUAAGUAGUUCUUUAUAGUGUGCUUUUCGACUGAGCGUUUUCCGACCAAAAACUGAGUACGUGGUUAAAACGCCACAUUAGAACAAUGAUAACGACAGCGGUAAAAAAUCAUAAGCAGACAAUAAGAACUCGAAGUAACACGUUAUAGACAGAGCGGACGGAUAGGAAUUUGCAAGUCGAAUUUGAUGUCCGUAUUUUGGUUGAUUGCUCGAGAGGGGGUGGCGUAAAUUAUCAAAACCGGUCACUGAGCGGAGUGCAAGAACAGCACCAACAAAGGUUACUUGUGGAAUAGGUUGGUAUUUCGUUUGAAUUCAUCUAUUCAUCUGUUUUAUCUCUUCCUUCAAUUUAAUAAACUUAGAAUUGUUCUUAGUCUCCCAUUUUCUACCACAUUGCCUGCAAACCAAUUGGAUUAGCUGGUUCUUUAUAACCCUUUAGAUAUGAUGAAAAUUUAAGGCUAGUAACUGUGAGGAUCCGCCCUAAACCAUCUGAUCAAUUUUUUUCAAAAAUCAUCACUUAAAUCAGAGCCCACAUGAUAUUUGAAAUUAUUGUUUAGUGUAAUCGACAGCUAUAAGGGAAGGGGGCAGGGUGAUCCGUGUUUUCUUUUUCCAAUGCUCCUUGUUCCCGAAUUUACCAAAAUUCUUAGUGAAUUUUGUAUGUUGCAUCAGAGUCUGCAUGGAAUAUAGUAAGGUACAGUGGCUUAUCUGUACAAACACAACAGGAGAUUGAACAACCAUAAAUCAUUGCCUCACACCUAGGUGGACAUUGCCAAUAAGUAUGUAGAAUACCAUGCUCACCAGUUUGGAUAUUCUAAGCCAAACACUGAUUUUAAACUUGGUGAAAUGGAGCGACUGUCUGAUGUAGGAAUACAGGACAGGACUAUGGACAUAAUAAUGUAAGUCAAUCCAAGAAACAGUCCGAAGGAAAUGGUGUAUUAAAUACAUAUAAAUUUUAUCAUGCCCAGCGGAUCCAAGUGGAGAUGCGCAUGCCUCUCUAGAAGUAUGUAACAAAUUGGCAAUGAAAUAAGGUAAAGUAAAAAAUAAAUUUUCCAUGACAGCUAGACGUAUCUAACUUUCUUGUUCAUCGUCUCUACGCUAAGUUCAAACUGUGUUGUAAACCUGACUGCAGACAAGAGAGUUGUUCUUAAAGAAGCUUACAGAGUUCUUAAGGUGAGACAAUGCUGUUUUCAAGUUAAUUUGUUAUGUGUUCAGUGUAGUGAAUCUGUUUAGGACUAUCAAUAUCACUAAAGUCUUAUGACGUUAUCUGUUGUAGGAUGGAGGCGAGGUAUACUUCAGUGAUGUUUACACCGAUACAAAACUGCCUGAGGAAGUCAGAAGAGACGAAGUGCUUUGGGGUAAGUGAUUUACUUUGGUUUGGUAUUUUUUGUUUGUAUAACAUGUGGUAUUAGUCUGAUAUAUUUAUAUAUCAAUAUUCUAUAUAUAAAAAAAAGUUUAACUUCAUCAUUAUUGCGAGAUACGGGUGCACAAACAAAUGACUUCGAUUUUAUGUGGCUUCUCUAUCUGCAUACCUCAUUUGGAGAACAGAACUUGGAUAUCAAAAAUUAGGUAAUAAUUAUGAGGUUUAACAUCCUUAGGACCAAGGAUCCUUAGGUGCCUCUAGGAAGAAAAGAGUCUUUUACAAGCUCUUUUUGUGAAGAGUGAAUUCGAUCAACUCCACAAGAUAGAAGUCAGCGUUACAUCUUUUUAGGAUCAAACCCCUCCAAUCCAGGAUAUUUGAAAAUUGAUUAUUAUUUUAAAAAAAAGUCUGUUUGUAUACACGAAAAAAGUAGUAAUGUUUAUCAAAUUUACUUGAAGUGACGCGAGUUCGGUUUUGAAAAUAAGAACUCUUCUCGUCUACCGGUUAUUUUACCAUUCCUUGUUACUUGUUUGAUAUCUGAGACGUGUUGUAUCCUAAGGUGAAGGUGUUGGAGGAGCUCUUCAUUGGAAGGAGUUGAUUAAGCUGUGCAAGGAAGUUGGUUUCUCAGGGCCAUAUUUGGUUACUGCCAGACCUUUGUGGUUGAACCACAUCUUAGACAACCUCUUGGUAGGUGUUUAAAUUGCGUCGUAAAACUGUUUAAAUACGUAACGACUAAAAAUUGUACGUUAGUGCUUUUUUUUCAAUCGUAGGUAAUGCACAGUUUGUGGCGGCCACUUAUCGCUUGUUCAAGGUCCUUAACAGCAGUGAGACAGUUGCUUCUAGAGUAACAUACAAAGGUAUGUCAAACAGUCAACCUAAGAGCAUCAAAACGCCUAAGGGGAGGCGCAGUAAAGGGGACGAAAAGAGCAAAAAGUAGCUUGAAAAAGUUAAACAACAAAAAAUCUUUCUUCUCGCCUCAAGGUUCCUAGUCUGUUUCUUUUGGCCUAAUCCCCCGUAAGGUUUGGCAAGCCCCUAUUUAUCGGCUCCUAUUUGGUGCGUAUGCACUUGUAACUCAAGUAUAAGCAUAACCAUCUUCAUAGUGAUAAGAGAGGGUAAAACUAAAGAUUCCAGUGACAAACACGACAACUGCUUUGACACUUCAACCAAUUUUGGUUGUGGCAGAAUUAUUUUGCUCUUCACUUUGAAAUGAAACAAAUGCAUUAAUUAAGAUAUCCUCAGAAAAAGAAUUAUUGAACAAUUUUUUUUUAAAAUUUUCCUUAAAUGUUCCCUACCAAUGUCUGUUUCAAAAAACACAUUAAAAAAUAUAGGUCAUCCUGCUUGUUUGAACAUUUUUUUGCCUGUGCUGGCAAUAAUCACACGCGAUAUUUUUUUAAAAUUUUCGGUUAAAGGGUUUUUUAACAGUUAAAAAAAACUUGAUGAGUAGAAAGUCUUGAGCUUUUGAAAAAAUUGGAUAUAUAAUUUGUGGAAAAGUCACUCGAUUUUAAACGACAUCGACCUAAAACGUUCAUCGAGUCGUUGCUUUCAAGGUUAUAAUUUGCAUCAUCGAGUAACGGACUUCGUGAAUGCUUUUAGCUGUUUUUUCUUUUUCCCCUCAGAUGAAGUUAAAGGAUGAUUUGUAAAACCAGAAUUAUGGAAUAUAAAAUAUAGGUCAUCGUGCUCGUUUAAGAGCUAAAGACCGUCGUACUUCUUUACCUGGUCCAUUGAUUUAAAACACAAUACCGUGUUCUCGAAAUGCACGCGCGCUUAUUCGCCUAAUUGCAUGAUUUUUAUGCGCAGUACAUGAUGCGCAGUGCAAUAUUAAGGAAUCACCGUAAGGUGUUGUGAACUUAAGUAACACAAACUUAACAGCAUUAGCGCCCAUACACGAGCUAAAUCAAGAACUUAGUUUGCUUUUGCAUCAAACACUUUUUUUCCAAGGAUCUAUAGAGGACAACCCAAACGAACUCAAGUUGAGUGUUCAUAACACCUUUACGGUAUGUUAAUGUUUCUUUAUUGAGUCUUUUAGUGGUAAAAAUACUAGCCCCUGCUGCAAUUAACAUUGCUACUGAAAUUUUUACAGAAGAAAAUUAUCUGUAUCUAUAAACACUACCCAUGAUAAAUGAAAAAUUCCGAACUGAGCGAGAUUGUAACUCAUUGAAUUGUAACACACGUUUAGUACCCCGAUAGAUUGAGCUUUCAAGCCAACAAGGAGCUAAUCAUUGUGAGAUUUCGUAAUGUUCCCGUGAUGGAUAAAUGCAUGAAAGAAAGUUGCGCCUAAAACAGUCAGUGUGUUAACAACUGGCGUAAUAUAUAAUUGGAUCGUUGCCUUUCUAUGUACAACUUAAUAGUUGUUAAAGUAAGACGAUCACCACGUACAUAACUCGGUCCAUUACAAAGCGGGAAUCUUAUCUCAAGGGGCAUGGAAUUUAAUCCAGUACCUACCUAUUAACAAAUUAGAGAGUUUUUCGGGCUUUGAUUCAUAGCUUUGACGAUCUUUCCCCUUUUAUAUCCUCAAUCCACGAUUUAAAUGGAAAACGAAAUACAUUUUCUUUGAUCUGUAAGUCAUUUAUGUUGUAGAGAACAACCAAGGCUGUUUCUACUGAAGUAGCAGGUGUCCUCAGGGCAUCCCGUUUCUCGAAGCAUUUCGAAUUCCAACCGCUAGAGCCUGGAACCACAGCUCCCAUUGAUGACGUGUACAUUGACGCGGAUCCUUUUGCCUACUGUGUGUCAAACAAAGUGGCGCCAGGAGCAUCUUGCCCCAAACUGGCUAAACUGGAAAGUUGAACAGAGAAACGGCUUGUUACCCGAAAUGUAGGAAGAAGGUUUCAAGGCGCCAUUUUGAGCAUACUGUAAAACCAUUUUGAGACAGACUUAGUCUAGCUAGUUUGAACCUUCGUUGUCAUAGUGAACAGGGAUGCUAUAAUGUUAAUUAAUUAUCACCAAGUCAGUUACUUUGGAAAUCAUAUUCACUGUUUUGAACUUGAAGUUGAGCUUUUAUACCGUUGACUGAGCUCUUACUUGAAAUGCUUUCAAAUUAUCUUUUUCUUUUUGCAAUAUUUUAAUAAGGUUUUUGAUCUCUCACUUAGAGUUGUAACGAUACGUGUCGAUAAAUACAGGACUAAGAGAAGCCAUGCAGAACAAUUAAUAAACACCC